AUGAAUCUAAACGCGGUCACGCUCCGUACCUCUGGGGGCAUCGACGUCGGGAUCAAAUUGUCGACCGUCCAAUUUCUUAAAGGAAGAAACCUAGCCGUCAGAUGUCUCUCCUAUCUCGAUCCCGAUCUCUCGCUCGCCCUCCCCGAACGCCUCCACCGUCUCUCCCACACGCCGCCACUGUCUGCCCUGCCGGCACGCCGCCUCUCCCCAUCCCUCUCACGCACUGCCGCCCUAUGCCUCCGCCUCGUCGCCGUCGAAUCCGCUGGGGGCGGUCCACCGCCGGCUCCGUCUCCGCCAUGCGCCGUCACAGUCGAUUCCGCCGGGGGUGUCUCGCCUCCUCUCACGCGCGGGACACCAUCGACCGUUUUGAGCCUCCACCCCGCUCGCCUCCUGCGCUACCCGCCUCUGGGAGACGCCGCCAGCCACAAGCCCCGUCACGCGCUGAACAGCGAUCUGGCCCUUGAUGACGCUAGUGCUCCUACGUCUUUGCCCGACAGUCCCGUCAAUCACGGCUACUUGGAAGUACUUAGACAUCCAGAGUCAACCAGUGAUCACACAGAGAAUACCUUCAUUGCUGGCAACGAGUCAAAUCAAGAUAGGAGCUCCCUACCGGUCGGAGCGUCUUGCCAAAUACAACCAGGGUCAAGAACACGUUUUAAUUCUGCUUUUGCCUUCUUCACAAACGGCUUGGUCAGACUGUCGAUAAACAGGUUGAUGAGGCUGAAGAACAAACUGCUGGUGGUUUGCUACUGACACAGGCAACUCAAGAGAAACCUUCUGUUGGAACAGGAGAGAUAUUCAGGUGGUGUGUUCAAUCAAAAUACGUACAAUGGCCUAUCCCCAACUCAUUAUCAUCACAAACUUGAAGCUGGCUUAUCUGUUUACCUAGCUUUGUUGAUGUGUGCUAAACAUAUUGUAAUAUGGCUACCUGUAAUAUUUACUUAAUAUAUUGUACUACCUGAACUUUAGUUGUCAAAAUUUCUGUUAGAAACACCUUUUUGUUUUGGGAAAUCAUGCAGCAACCGAAGAUGUAUUAUAAUGUUGUUGCUAUAUCAAUUUUGAAAAAGUUAUAAUCCCCGUUUCAAA